GUUCUCAUGACCAGUCACCGCUUUAGUUAUCUCAGAGCUUGUAAAACUGAAAUGAAUUUCAUUUACAGCAUAUUGGUUCCUGGAAACAGGGAGGCGUACAUAUCGUACUCCGGACACCAACCUGACGCCAUCAGUCACACUACGUUACGCAGACAUUUGAAAUUUCCUUCAGAGCAUUCGGAGAGACAUUUCAGCACCAAGCCUCAAUACUUAACCUCAGUUAUACAUUUCUAAACAUCUGUCGUCAAUGUGGCUAAAAUGAACUAUACAUGGACCAAGGAUUCAUGUGGUCACCCCUUGACCACAGAUGACCUCCAGCCACGUACCCUGUUGGCCAAACAAGUGACCACUGCUACAUCCGUAGAUACCUGCACAGUGACAACCCUAGCGAUCUCUAUUAUCUUCUGUAUUUGCGGGAUUGCGGCAAACCUUGUCAACAUUUUGGCGUUUAUGUGUAAUUCGGACGUCUAUGAUGACAAGACACCUUUCCUUAUGACAAUGGUGAUAUUGGAUUUACUAUUCCUGUUAAUCAAUAUUCCAUAUUUCAUUUUCCAGAUCGGAUAUCUAUAUUUGGAUCAGUCACAGUAUUCCGAUAUCGGAGUCUACAUCGGUAUCAGGUAUGCACUAAGCUUUAUCCUCAUAUGUGCAUCAUCCUGGAUGCUGGUUGCCAUGGUUACCAAGAAGAUCCUCUCUACACAGACUGAGGGUGAUGCCACUGGAAUCAAGCCUCUCGGUGAAUCUGAUCAGACUGCUGACAGUACAGAAGAAAACAGGAAUUUGAAAUCUUCCACAGUGUGCAUUAUAGUCGCCAUACCGAUUGUCGCGACAUUUCUACAUGCUGUUAAACUUUUCGAAUACCAGAAAUCUUUCCAUCCUGACUCUCCAUGGUUGAUGAAGUGGCGUUUGACAGGAUUCGGAUACGAACUUUACACUGCCAUCGCAAACAUUGCAGUGACCAUACUUGCUCCAUACAUGUUUCUGUUGAGUUCAACUGUAUAUUAUUUGGUAAAGGGCGUACAAGUCAUGAUGCGAAAGAAGAGCGAGAGGGAACCAAAUCAAGACAUCUGGUUGUUGUUUCUGCUCGGAUUCCUCCAUCUUGUUUGUUACGGAGUAUCUCUACACCAACAGAUGACUGCUUUGUUUACAAAAGUUGCAACAGUAGACAAUUAUUGCUUGGAUAGUAUUAACACUGCUUUCAUUAUCCUCAAUGCAUCAGUCAAAAUUGUCAUGUUCAAAUUAUUCACAUACCAUUUCAAGAGGUACAAACUUCCACUGAAUGGUUUUUCAGGUUUUCUUAGCAAGCAAAACCGGAGGUUGAGCCGAGGGGAUGUUGUACGAAGCUAUUCAUUCAAUAAUCCAAGUUACGACCAGAACAGAGAAUCGCAGUAACAUGACUAUUUAGUUGCGUAUGACUUUCGAGGAGAUGUUGUACGCAGCAUAAUCUAUUCAUUCAGUAACCCAAGUUACGACCAGAACAGAGAAUCGGAGUAACAUGACUAUGUACAUGCGUAUGUCUUCCUUGGCUUGCUGACGGUGCAGAUUCGCGAAUACAGUAUUGAUACAAACAUAAUGACUGUCAGGUGCGUGACUAUAAGCUAAAUCUAUGUAUAUAUCUUACUGUAUAUUGUUUUAAGAAAAUUUGAGUAUGAUUGUUUUGAUGAUUGGAACUCAUGUGUAAAUAAAUAACAUAUUUACAGAUGUAUGUAUAUUACAAUCUUUAAUAAAUUAUAUUGUUUUCAAAGAUUUGUGUAUGUUAUGGUUCAAAUUUUUAGUCUGAUGAUAUAUGAAUAAAUUUUGAAAGAGAUAUUUUGUA